UGACAAGAUUCAAAGGAUAAUUGUGUUGGGAAACAUAAAAUAUAAAAUUACGAGAUGAGAUAAAAUUUUAUUUUUAACAAGGGAAAGUUUUGUAAAAUUUUUAUGGUAACAAAUUCUAAAGGAGAAAAUUCGUAAUAUAUCUAACGAUUCUUCGCAGUAUUCUAUUGGUACGUAUCUUUUAUACUUGAAGACGAAUUUUCAGGUAAUGUUGGCCAUUCGCCAUAUAACGGGAAUAUGCCGUAGGAAAAUCCUGAGGGUUAGUAUUACCAACGAAAUGAUUUAUGAGGUUGGGGACCAGGUAGGGCGUCAUUCAGUACCACUCUGUUCCACUCUUCCACUCAUACUUCCGUCGCUUCGUUCUGACUCGUAACAUCAAUGCAUUUUUAGUUGGUCCAUUUACGUUAGAGACGAUACAACACGUUCCGUCUUCAUCGACGCGUCUCUUACUUUCUCAAAGUGUUUAACAAUGUGUAACAAUCGUACAUACGUUAUCUCGAAAGUGAUCGAAUGUCUUAUCAAUCAAGUAUAUACCAAGUAUGUGAUUUGGCCGUACGACGUUCUUCUUCUUCUUCUUCUUCUUCUUUUUCUUUUUCUUCUUCUUCUUCUUCUUUCAAAAGAAGAUCUAAACGUUCGGAAAGUCCUGAUGUACAGGUAGGAGGAGCCUAAGAACAAUAGGGUUUUGUCAAUCUUCGAAACCGACCGAAGCUGAUUGGUCGAACUCUACCUACUACAAAAAUAUAAAUUUCGAAGGAAUUCUGAAAGAGCAUUAGUGUUUUUAGAACAGUUCACUUCUUGUGACGCGUUUUUACUUUGAUUUCACAAAUAAGUAAGAAGAAAUAGAAGAGAAGAAAUAUGCAGUACAACGUAGACAAUCGUAUGUUCUAUUCCGAAAAUAAUGUUGCUCAAUAUGAACAACAACAAUAUCAAUGGGAAAUGGUGCAACCAUCAAUAUCAUCGGUAGAACCUCAAGAAAUUAAAUUAACAGAAGAAAAAUUGACAGAAGUGAAUAACAGAAAAAAGUCUUCUUUUUCUUCUUCUUCUUCUUCUUGUAAUCAAGAACCAAAGAAACAACGGAAACGAACGAGGACCGCUUAUACUAGUUUUCAAUUAGUUGAACUUGAAAAGGAAUUUCAAAAAGGUCGUUACCUUUGCAGACCGCGAAGAAUUGAAAUGGCCGAAAAUUUAUUUUUGACAGAGAGACAAAUAAAGAUAUGGUUUCAAAAUCGACGUAUGAAACACAAGAAAGAAGAGAUACUGAAAAAUCCAUGUAAUACAAUACAAUACAAUGAAGUAAGUGGAAGUUACAAGAUGAAGAAAAGCAGGAAAACACGGACUGAAGAAACAAUAUCUAAUCAUCAAUAUAUUUUUCCGUCUACCUCCGGAACAACAAUUGGUUAUCAGCAAUCAUAUCCACCAGCAUACAUUGAAAAUGGAUAUAUGGAAAAUGGAUAUAUGGAAAAUGGAUACAUGGAAAAUGGAAAUAUUAAUUAUAUUCAAAAUUCUACAUAUUUCUAUGAAUCCAUGUAUCCUCAGGAAAGUUACAUAUCUCAAAUACCAAUGGAAAAUUAUUAUUUAAACAACAAAUGGCUGCAUAGUUCUGACAACGCAACUAUACCAACGAUAGGUAAUAAUUGUUUUUAUAAUUCAACGGGAAUUCAAUCUAUAAACCCGAAUGGACCACAUGAAAACAAUUAUUAUAAUAAUAUUUGUACAUGGUUAACAGAGAGCAAUCAGGAGCAAUGUGUGCUCAAAACAACAAAUGAAUUGGAAGCCGCCUUAUUAAAUGAUCUUCAAAAUGAUCAACAUUAUGACAACAUCCCUCAAUUUUUAAAUCUAUGACAUAAUAAUAAGAAUUUUAGAGUUAUAUAUUAUACAUUAUAUUUUAUCUUAUAUAUUAUUUAAUUUAUAU